CACAGCCUUCCUCGCUCUCUCCACAAAGCUCCUUAUCCGCCUACAAUACUUGACAUCAUUGUGAUCCUCCUUCUUAAUGGGUCUGUCUCAGAAAUUUCCUUCCUUCAGCUGUGAACUGAGAAUUAUACAAGCCCAAAACGUUAAGUUCAAUUCCAAGAGAAAGGGAAACUUGUUUACCAGGUUAUAUCUUUCCGCAGGAGAGGACAAAACAAUUCAAGUGAACAGCCGAAAGAUGUCUUCAAAAUCUGUCCCCUUCUGGGAUGAAUCCUUGUGUUUAGAUUGUUCGUGUACCCAAGAAUUCUUUGAGACCCUGAAGCAGGAGAGCCUCGUCUUGGAGGUCCGACAGAGCAACACGGCCCUUGUUCUCGGGAAAAUCCUGGGCUCACGUCUCCUUGGAAGGGCUGAGAUUCCAUGGAAAGCAGUUCUUGAAUCGCCAAACACGGAGUUCAAACAAUGGGUGAGCAUGGAUCUGGAGAAUGGAUACGGCGUCAAGCCACUUAAGUUGCAAGUGGAAAUCAAGAUUCAAGUGCCGUCGGCUUCAGAGACGGAGAACAAGAUAAGAGGGAGGUCGAUGAAGAAGUGGGACGAGUGUGGAUGCAAGGAAUUAGGCCAUGAUCAUCACUAUGAUCAUGACUUAUUUGUUAUAGCUGCUGCUUUAGAAGCCUUCUAGGCACAUAGUUGGAUUCACUAAUUCAUGAUUAAGGGUGUGUACGGUAAUUCAUUGGUUCUGGUCCAAGAUAAUAGCUAAUAAUCAGUUUUGUCUGUUUUCUACGA